GCCCAGAUUGAUCGAUUGUUCCGUUCGGAGACUAUGGGGAGAGGAAGGAUUGAGAUUAAGAAGAUUGAGAAUGUCAACAGUCGCCAAGUCACUUUCUCCAAAAGACGAAACGGGCUGAUGAAGAAGGCGAGAGAGCUUUCGAUUCUCUGCGACGCCAACGUUGCUCUUAUCAUCUUCUCCAGCACCGGCAAGAUUUACGAUUUCUCCAGCGGCUGUAUGGAGCAAAUUCUUUCGAGAUAUGGAUACAGUUCUGCGACGGGUGAUCAUAAACAAAGAGAACAACAGCUUCUACUUUGUUCCUCACAAGAAAAUGGAGCUGUGCUGCGAAAAGAAGAUUGUAUGAAGAACGAACUUGAGAGACUACAGCUUGCAAUUGAGAGACUGAAGGGUAAGGAGCUUGAUGGUAUGAGCUUCUCGGAUCUUAUCUCUCUUGAAAACCAGUUGAAUGACAGCUUGCAUAGUGUCAAGGAUCAAAAGACACAAAUCCUGCUCAACCAGGUAGAAAGAUCCCGUUUACAGGAGAAAAAAGCAUUGGAAGAGAACCAACUCUUGCGCAAACAGGUAGAGAUGUUGGGGAGAGGUUCAUGUGGACCAAAAGGGUUGAGUGAAAUACCUCAGCUUUCUAGCCCUCAAGCAGAUCCCGAGAGCUCUUCAUCAGACGACGAUGAGAAUGAAAACGAGGAGCAGCACCAUUCCGACACUUCCUUGCAGCUGGGGUUGUCGUCGUCAGGGUAUGUUACAAAGAGCAAGAAACCGAAGAUCGAAUUGCUCUGCGAUAAUAACUCUGGGAGCCAAGUGGCUUCUGAUUAA